CUUAAAUGGGUAUCAGAGCAGCGCUCGACGGUACUCCUUGUCAGUUUUCGAAAGUCUUUAGGGUUUAUGGUUUCUUAGCUCUAUGGAUGCCGUUUCAUUCGAGUCACUGCGCAUGCUUUUCCACCGGGUGCAUCAUGGGAGAAAGGAGGCGGCUGGGAAGUGCCGGCUCGCCUUCUCAACUCUGCGCGUGCGUGCCUGAGCGGCAGGUAGACUAAGGCAAGGGGGCGAUGCCCGGAGAGGAUUUGCAGCUGUCAGUGCACUGACAACACAGCAACAGCAUGGAUUCCAAACGUUGCAGUCAGUCUGCUCGAUGGUCCAAGUCAGCAAUUUAUACACUGCUUCUAGGAGGUACCUUUGUUACAUUGGGUUCAAGUCGUAUCCUUUUGAUGAAAUACUCUGUCAAUGAAGAUAAUAAGUAUGAUUAUCUUCCUGCAACUGUGAAUGUGUGCUCAGAAUUAGUCAAGCUCGUACUUUGUUUGAUAAUGGCUCUCUGGGUAAUCAGAAAAGGAGGAUAUUCCCAUAGUGGAUUUGGCUGCAGCUCUUGGAGGCAAUUGUAUAGCUAUAUAAAGUGGUCAAUUCCAGCUUUUCUUUAUUUUUUAGAUAAUCUGAUUGUCUUCUAUGUGUUGUCCUAUCUUGAACCAGCGAUGGCGGUUCUGUUCUCAAAUUUUGUUAUCAUAACAACAGCUCUUCUAUUCAGAAUAGUGCUGAAGCGGCAGGUCUCCUGGGUGCAAUGGGCCUCUUUGCUGAUUCUGUUCCUAUCUAUUGUAGCUCUGACUGCAGGGACAGGAAGCAAUGAGCAUAGCUUGGCUGUGCAUGGAUUUCAUCAUGACAUUUUUCUCAGCCAUUCAAACAGUUGCCUGCAGUAUACCAAAUCAGAAGAAGAAUGUUGGGGCAAAGAGAACUGCACUCUUAGAUGGUCCUUCCCUGGCUUUACCUGGAAUGUCACAACUACGGCGGGACCCAUGAAAACAGUUCGUCUUGGACUAGGACAUCUGCUCAUACUAGUGCAAUGUUUUAUUUCAGCAUUAGCCAACAUCUACAAUGAAAAAAUACUGAAAGAAGGAGGCCAAUUCAGUGAAAACAUCUUUGUGCAGAAUACCAAGCUGUACCUCUUUGGAGCUAUGUUUAAUGCUCUGAUGCUAAGUUUCCGCCCUGAAAACAGGCGCCGGAUAGAGUAUUGUGGUUUUUUCUAUGGCCACAACAUAUUCUCCGUGGCCCUUAUUUUUGUCACUGCCUUCCUUGGGCUCUCUGUGGCGUUCAUUCUGAAGUUCCGAGACAACAUGUUUCAUGUUUUGACUGCACAAGUUACAACAGUGAUCAUCACCACUGUGUCAGUUUUUGUAUUUGACUUUAAGCCUUCCAUGGAGUUCUUCUUGGAAGCACCUGUAGUUCUUUUGUCUAUAUUUAUCUAUCACUCCAGCGGCCCUCAUUGUACGGAACACACUGUUCAGUGGGAAAGGGGCAAACAUAAUGGAGGUGCAUGGGAGCGCUCUAGUGGGGAUGGAGAAGAACUUGAAAGACUCACCAAACCAGGCAGUGAUCAUGAUUCAGAUGAGGAGGCCUUAUAGCAAAUGGUUGUCACAACUAAAAUUUUGGGGAGAUCGGCUGGACGUCCAUACCAAGUAGAUAAUGGGAGGAGGGCUUUGCCAAUUCACAAAAUAUCUCCUAUGAGUAACAUAAUCAGGCAUAAAGCACAAAAUUACUAGAAUGUAACCAGCAGUCCUCCACCCCAAGCCAAUCAUUCAUGAGUUUUCUGUUCCAACUCUUCCAUCUGGUUGUGGAAGGCGCUUUUCCAGCAUAGAAUGUGAGGGCAGGAAACUUUUUCACAGUGAAAGUGGUGGAAAUCUCUUACUGUUUUCACUGAGAUGAGAUUUUUUUUAAAAAAAAAAGAAAUCAAGUUCUGCUAGAUGAUAUUUUAACUACUCACCAAACAAAGGGUAUUAGGGUGGGAUUAGAAAAAUCAAUGGAGGUUAUAAUUUCUCCUAAUCCUCAUGACUAUGCACUACUAAUAGUGUUGAAGACCAUACACCUCUGAGUAUUAAAUGUAGUUGGAAUUUUGGGGAGAUGUACAUAUUCUUGCCAACUGGAUGAUAGUAGGAAAGUUUGCCUAUUUACAAAUUACUAUUCACAUAAUCAGUCAUAAAGCACUGAUUUACUAGAAUGCUAUCAAAAUAUUAAUUGCUGGAAAUUAUUGCAGGGCAAUCAUUGUCCUUUUCUUCUGAUAGUAGACUUCCCAUAGGCAACUAGUAGGUCAUUGUUGAAAAUAGGAUACUGGAGCAAACAGAGUUUUUAUGUGAUCCAGCAGAAUUGCUCAUGCUUCUGUGUACUUGAUCUUCUAAAAUGAAGAUUUAUUUUUGCAGCAAAGAGUCAUUGGAAUUCAGAAGAUUUGGCUGCAGAAGGGAAGCAUCAUUUUGAACCAUGUAUUUUGAGAAAGCUGGGGUUUUUUUCCACCUUAAAAUAAAGAGACUGGAGUGCUAAUGCUGACAAGAUAUCUCAGUUCAAAGAUGAUGUGAGAGAAGAAUUUAGUGAUGGAAUUAUGGAAGCUACCAUUUUGUGGAAAUCCAGAAGCAAAGUCCUCAAAAUAUUGCAUACCACAAAUACAGAGAUAAAUGGUAACAUUUCUUAUGUGUAAAAUGUACUUUACCCUUUAAGCUUCAGAAAAUAUUGUUGCCAUCAUGUGUUGUGUGCCUUGGGUACCAUGUAAAUCAUCAAUCUUUUUAUAUGACUACCCCUGUGAUGUCCAGUGUUAAAAUCUGCAUAUGUUUGAGCCUUAAAAUUACAGUAAUUAAGAUACCAUUUGAAUAUGAAAACCAAUAUUUGGGCACCUAGUAUUUCUUCUAAAUGCUACCAUCACAAUUCAGAUGAGUUAUCCAGCUGAUGGAUCUAUUAAAUGAAUAGGAAAUUAAUAUCAUUACCUUCUAGCCAUUUUGCACAUAUCUGUACAAUAUGGGUACUAUUUUUACUUUUGUUACAUGAAAAUAGAUGAAUUGUGUAUUUGAGCAUAAAAUUUAAGAUUACUUCUUUCAAAAUAUACUAACCGGAUCAUCCUUCCAGGAUAAUGAAAAACAGGAUCCAGAAAGAUAUAUUGUUCCAAGUAUUUAUUCAUUCUUAGCCAGUGUAGUUAAAGGGAUGAAGGGAAUUGUACUCUUAACAUCUGAGGGUUGGGUGAUACUUCUAGUAUAAACCAUGUAACACUGGAUAAAACUGCAUUUAUCUCCUUUUACAUGCAUGUUGUUCACAAGCUGUGUGUUCCAAAAAAAAUAAUUUCCCUGGUAAAUAAGUGAUGUGCAACUAUCUCAUGUUGUUGCUAUAAAGAUACUCCAUCUUUUCUGACUAAUUUAUUCAGUUACUAUCCUUGAUGGUGAAUUGCAAUCCAAUAAUACGUGGAAGUCAAGAGUUUGGAGAAGAAUCUUUUAUGGCAUGUGGGCAAGGAAAAUUUGUAAUCCAGUAUUUCUUAAUCUUUAAUGGACAUUUUAAACAUAGGCCAUAUUUUAUAUCAGGUAAUGCCUUUAAGAUUUUGGUCAUAUCUAGGUUAUGUACUAGGAAUGUCAAUUCCUUAAAGAAAAGUUAUCCACCCUAUAAAUGUUUCCUAAGCUUUCAGCUUGGAAGUAGCAAAUUGGAGUGCCUCCCUUUGAUUGUCUUUGAUAUUCAGUCUUUUGUACACAUUCAUGUUUGUGUUAAGUUCCAUAAAAGGCAAAAGAAGUACAGGCAUAAAAUGUAGUGCAGCAUAAAAAGUUUGUGCUGAUAUAUAUUUAAAGGUGUUACAAUAUUUUGCAUGCAAAAUAUUCUGUGGAUACGAUAGAGAAUUUUCUGUUUUUCCAGCAUUGAGAUUCAGUUUUGGAGUGGAAAUGUAUAAAGAAAAUGGUACAAUUGUAUUUAAGACAUUUAGCAACUGUCACAUAUAGAGAAUUCUAAAUUAUAUAAAACAAUGCUUGAAUUGUGAUAUGAAGUUUCACUUCAGUUUAAAUUUCAAGUUUAAGAUUCAUUUGUAAAGAUGUCUGCAGGGGCAAGAAUUAAUAUUGAGAAAUUAUUGGAAGAGGAAAGUAUGAAAAUGCUAGGCAAAUAUUCCAAUCAUGGUUAUUGUGUUGAUAUAAGGUGGUUCUAUUAUUUGCUUUCAUAACAUCUAAUUGAUAUUUUUCUGUAAUGUCGCUACCACGCUGGAACCUGAUAUAAUGAAGUAUCCUUUUGACCCUGCUUUAUCUUAUGUUUAUUGUAUUUAUUCAGAAAUACUGUUUGAAGUAAGGAUUUCUUUUACCAACUUUAUUGACGCAAGUAUCCAUUGUGCUUUUAUUGAUAGUCUCUGAAGAAGUAGUUCUAACAUAACAGUGUUCCUUAACAGCAGUUGUUUAAAUACAGUUGCAAGACAAACUUUGCCUAACUUACCUACUAGUGCCUGGAAUAAAUUACAAUUUGGGGGGGAGGGGAAUGGGUGAGUUGAGUUCAAUGAAAAAAACUGGGCAAAUGGAUAUUGAUUUUAUGCAUACCAAUAGAAUUAGACACAGAAAAAAUAAUACUUUAGUGACCAAUAUUGACUUUCCAUAACAAUUAGAAAAACCAAUAUUCAAAUACAUAUUUUUAAAAAUUGGUAAUAUCAUACAUAUAUAUUCUCAAUAAUGUAUGGAUUUGUGCUGGGCUUUUAAUGGAGUCAUUUAGGGCAGUGGUCUGCAACCUUGGCAACUUUAAGACUUGUGGACUUCAACUCCCAGAGUUCCUCAGCCAGCAAAGCUCUUAAGGUCUUAAAGUUGCCAAGGUUGGAGACCACUGAUUUAGGGGUCAACUGUUGCCCAAACUAGGUAAUGCUACCCAACUUCAAGGUCUUGGAUACCCUAGAAAUACCUGAUUAAGCAUUCCUGAUAUAAUACAUCCAAAGGAUUAUUAUUAUUGCCUGCAUGGCUGUUGGGUUGGACAUGGAGUACUUGAAUGAUUUUCUCCUGGGAAAAUGACCUGAAAGGGUGUUUUCUAAAUAGAAUAUAAAAAUAUGUAAAAAGUUAAAUAUUCAUCUGUUCUCCAGUCUUCUUCAAAGGAUUCCCCUUUUGCAUUCAUGUGGCCUGGCAGACUCAUUUAGGGAACAUAUAUGUGUCCGCUAAAUAUGUGGUUUGUCUGUGUUUGAGAAAGAAAUCUGCUUUGUUUGGUGCGUGUGGAAUUUAAAAAGAAAUUUCUUGAAAGAAAAUUCUGAAGGUUUUUUGCAUUAGUGGCGUGCAGGGUUGAUUUUGUUUUCCUCUGCAAAUAUCUAAUAACAAAACAAAAAUAAAUAAAAACUGAGCUUGUCCAAUUUAAA